GAAAAAUUAACGUCGAUAAACCCCUUUCAUGCAUACCGAUAUGUGCUUUUGGGUUGCUGCCAAAACUUGUAGACAUAAUAUUGCAAAAAAGUGUCUCAUACCAUAAGUUGCCAGCGUAGCUCCACACUAACCUGAGCAGUCGCGCAGUCUUAUCAUGAGGUACCCUGUCCGCCAACGAGGCCACGAAUUCGACCUUGAAACCGCAUGAGUUUAUAGCGGAUAUGGUAGCUUCUGACCAGACCGUGCGAUUUUGAUGACUACGGACUACGGUGGCCGAAUACGACGCAUACGAUUCGUUUUGAAGUGGAAGAAUACGGUACUGGACGUUCAAAAACGGACAGAGGACGAUUACUUAUGAAUUGACAAACCCCGUUGUAUCGAAGUUGUGUAGUGUGGGAUUAGUCGGAUCAUACCGGUGUGCGAACAAUGAGUUCGUCUGGAGUCUAUCGGCCAGUGAAGGCCUUGUAUGGCUUUGAUCGUCAGGAAAAUCAAGUUUUAACGAUGUCCAAUAAAGCCAACGGAGAAAGAAAGAUUCCGAACAGCGACGGAUUAAACCAUCAUGUAAUAAAUAAUAUUGACGUUAUCAAACAUGUGAACACAGAUGUGACGUCAGAAAGGAACUCAAACGUGAUAUACGGGGUCGAUGAUGUCCCUCCUUGGUACCUGUGCAUAUUGCUAGGAUUUCAACAUUAUCUGACGGCGUUUGGUUCCACUAUAACCGUACCCUUGGUCUUGGCCCCGGCGCUCUGUAUCGACCAGGACAUGGUGGGACUCAGCGAGAUUAUUAGCACGAUAUUCUUCAUGUCCGGCAUAGCAACAUUGCUUCAGACAACAAUUGGCGUUAGGCUGCCGAUCAUUCAAGGCGCCACAUUUGCCUUUCUGACCCCGACUUUUUCCAUUCUUGCACUUCCGCGCUGGGAAUGCGAAUACACAAAAGCAAGGGAAACGGAUCCCCAGUUGGUGAACAGCACUCUUCCGGCACCCGGAAGUGACGCACACCGGGAGAUGUGGCAGUCCAGAAUUCGGGAGAUUCAGGGUGCCAUCAUGGUUUCCUCGCUGUUUGAAGUUUUGAUCGGGUUCUCGGGCCUCAUAGGGUUCCUACUGCGCUUUAUCGGUCCACUUGCCAUCACUCCGACCAUCGCGCUCAUUGGCUUCGGUCUCUUCAAGGAAGCGGCAGACAAAGCCUCUGCGCAGUGGUACAUCGCCUUCAUGACGAUGUUUCUGAUAGCGCUGUUCUCCCAGUAUCUGCGCAACAUCAAGAUUCCCUGCCUCGUUGCGGAGAGGGGCAAAGGCUGUACCACUACGCGCAUGCCCAUAUUUAGCCUAUUUCCGGUGCUGCUCGCUAUGAUCGUAUCCUGGAUCGUUUGCGUGAUCCUGACCGCUUCCGGUGCGUUCCCGAAAGUUGACGGCCAGUGGGGCUACAAGGCGCGCACCGACAUCAAGACCGCAGUCCUUUAUGAGUCGGAUUGGUUCCGGUUUCCGUAUCCUGGUCAGUGGGGCACCCCGACUGUCAGCACGGCGGCUGUGUUUGGGAUGUUGGCAGGUGUCCUGUCCUCAAUGAUCGAGUCCAUUGGCGAUUACUACGCAUGCGCGAGACUUUCCGGAGCUCCGCCCCCUCCCGUGCACGCGGUCAAUCGCGGUAUUGGAGUGGAGGGUAUUUGUUGCGUGUUGGCAGGCGCCAUGGGCUCCGGUAACGGCACCACCUCAUACAGCGAGAACGUUGGCGCCAUAGGGAUCACCAAGGUGGGAAGCCGCCGUGUGGUUCAGGUGGGUGGGGCAAUCAUGAUCGUCCUCGGAUGUCUGGGCAAGUUCGGGGCGCUCUUCGUCACCAUUCCUGAUCCCGUCGUUGGCGGAAUGUUCAUGGUCAUGUUUGGCAUGAUCACGGCCGUGGGCAUCUCCAAUCUCCAGUACGUGGACCUCAAUUCCUCGAGGAACAUAUUCAUCCUCGGCGUCUCCAUGUUCUUCGGGCUCAGCUUCCCCAAGUGGAUCGCCGGAAACAAAGCCAUAAACACAGGUAGUGACGUAGCGGAUCAAAUAAUCUCCGUACUAUUAGGUACCAGCAUGUUUGUAGGCGGAAUGACGGGUUUUAUUCUCGACAACACCAUUCCAGGAACAGACGAGGAAAGAGGUAUCACAAAAUGGCGGCAACAUGGCGGCGAUGUGGGUUCUGACCAAUCAGCGUUGAGGACCUACGAUAUUCCUUUUAUACAGAAAUAUUUGGAUAGAGUCGAAUUUUUCCGUUAUCUUCCGUUUUGUCCGAGAUUUUCAAUGAAGUGCGGAAAACAAAUUGACACCGAGGAAAUAGAAAUUCCGGUUGCAAAUGAAUCUCAGCGAUUGUAGUGGCGUUUCAUUGCUUCUGUUACUAUCAUUGAAAUUGCAUUUGACUGUUGAUCAUGUGUAUAUAUCUUUCAUGAUUUUGCAUUAACGGAGCGUAUAACCUUAAUCAUCUAUUUAUUGCCCUGUGAAAGAGGAAUACUUCACAUGAGCUCAAAAAGCGAAUGUCUGAGAAAUGUGAAAACUAUCACAAAUUUAACUUUCAACACUUACACAUUGUGCCUUCCGAAAUGUGGAAACAGUUGCCCACGAUGAUUCUAACUUAAGAAGAACUGCAGAUGUGAUAUACAUCUCUGACUAAAGCUGAUUAAAUCUAAAAAGAUCUUGACUCUUUUCGGCAAAAUGGGUCUCUUUUUAUAGUCGUGAGUUCGAAUAUUUCUUGGAAAGAAAUCGAAAACAUUUUUAUACCAAUCAUGCAUCUUCAGGAAUUCAUCAAUCUAGUACUCCGACUUCAAUAUUUUAUAUAGCGCUCAAUUUUAGCUAAACUAUAGAAACCUUCCAAUUAUUUUGUCGUUUAAUGUGAUUGAUCAGUUUGUUUGUUUUUUCAAUUUGAACAUGGAUAUUCAUAAACUAAACAGAUGUAUACAAUAUUGUGUGUAUGUCUGUGAUGCUUUUUCCACCUUCCCCCAUGUGCCCAAAAUUGUGUCUUUGUUGUUUUGUUUUUUAAUUUGUGAUAACAGUUGGAACAUUAUCAAAACUAUCUUGAACAAAUAAAAUAUUUAAAUAGCUUAUUUUGUUUCAUAUAAAAAUAUUAACCAAUCAGAAUAAUUUAAUGUGCAAGAAGUA